AUGAGUGAAAUUGAAUCAACUCAAUUGAAUAUCCCCUAUACAUCAACUACUAUAAAUCGUGAUAAUUUCAAAUUUCAAAUCAAACAAAUUAUUGGAACAUCAGCCAGAACAAAACAACAAUUAUCAAUUCAAGAUGAUUUAAUCGCAUAUACUGCAAGUGGUGGAGUAGUUGUAAAUAAAAUUAAUAAAUCAAAUAAUGAAGUUAUUAGUCAACGAUUUUUUUGUGCAAAUAAUAGUACAAAACAUAAUAAUGAUUCUAUUGGAAUUUCAUCAGCAAAUGCUUAUUUAGAUAUAAUUAAGGGAAACGUUACAGGAAUAGAUGAUGAAGUGAAAAAAGAUUCAUAUGGGUUUCAAAUAACUAAUGAACCACUAGAAAUUUACGGAAACUCAUUCUCAUCAAAUGAUUUUGAAGAUAAUGCACCAAAUAAUGGAGCUUCACCAUCAAAAUUAAAAGAUAAAGUUAGAUCAAUUAAUUGUAUUACAAUAUCACCAAAUAAAAAAUUAUUAGCAAUUGGGGAAACAGGUUAUCAACCAAGAGUUUUAAUUUUUUCAUUAGCUCCAAAUUCUCAAGAUUCUCCUAUUAUGGUGAUAUAUGAACAUUCAUAUGGAAUUGACAAGUUAGUAUUUUCACCAGAUUCAAAAAAUUUAUGUUCCUUGGGUGUUAUUAACGAUGGUUGUAUCAAUAUUUGGAAGUUGACUUUAAGUGGGAUUGUACUACAAGCAAGUAAUAGAUGUUCAAAUAUUAUCAACAAAAUUCUUUGGCAUGAAAAUUUGAUAAUAACUAUCGGUUUAAGAUUUAUUAAAAUAUGGAGUUUUGAAAAUAAUAAUUCUAAUAAACCAAUAGUAUUGAAAGGAAGAAAUGCUCAUUUAGGUAUAUUAAUGAGUUUAAACUUUAUUCAUAUGAGUAUCUUGAACGAUGAUGAAGUCUUGAUAGUAACAAAUUUUAAUCAUUUACUAGUGUUAAAAUUAAAUUUUGAUUCUCCAAAAUUGGUUGCAUUGAAAAGUCCUUCAGAAGAAUUUUAUUCAAUUUGUGUUGAUUAUAUGAAUGAAUUAGUAUGGCUCGGUGGAAUAAAUGACAAAAUUACAAGUUUACCAAUUAAAAAUUUGACUCCCGUUGAAUUGAAUACUAUUAAUUUACCUCCACCUGAAUCAUCAAGUACAAAACUACAUCAAAAAUUAAAUGGGAUUUUUGGAGUCUCGUAUAGUGAACUAAAUUCAUCUCAAAAAUUAAUUUUACAAUUGAAUGAAUUUUCCAAAGACUACUUAAUAUAUCUAAGUGAAAAUGAAGAAAUUAGAUUUUAUAAUAAAGAAGACUCCAACUUGGAUAAAUUAUUAACUAACUCCAUCAUCAAUAGUAUAAGUGGAGUCAAGAAAAGCUACAACAAGGAUUACCUAGUUUUUUCAAAAGAUGGAGUAAUCAAAAAGUUAACUGACUCAUGUGAUUUGGAAAAUCUACUACAAUAUGAUAUUCCUGGUAAUGAAGUUAUCACAAAUACUUUAACUGCAGUUGAACACUUCAAUAACAAAUUUGUUUUGGGAGAUAGGUAUGGGUCCUUGUAUAUAGUUGAAAAAGUCAUCAAUGACGAUCAAGAAAGUGAAAGCAAUGUCAUUUUUCAAAUAAAAGCUCAUACUUCUACCAUAAAUAAAAUAUUGUAUUUCAAACAACAUGAUCACGAAUUGAUUUGCACAAUAUCAAGAGAUAGAACAAUACAAAUGUUUGUUAAUAAACCUGCUGGUUGGGAAUUAUUACAAACUAUACCUAUUCAUAAUGGAAAUGUUUUUGAAAUUUCACUUCAUGAAAAUCAAUUGAUUGUUUGUUCAAGUGAUAGAACGAUAUCAGUCCAUACUAUUAAUGUUGAACCAGAUUUAAUGUUAACAACUUUUAAAAUUAUUACGUUGAAAUCUACUCCAGUUGUAAUUGGACUAUUCGAGAAUGAGUUAGUUGUAUCCACAAUUGAUAAACAAUUAUUAAUAUAUGAUCUUAACUUUGAUCUCAAAAGAUCAAUGAAAUUAACGAAUGAGAAGCUUAAUGAAAGUUUGCUUGUUGAAUUAAUGGUAAAAUAUCAAAAUUUAUUAAUUGUUUCGUGCUCAGAUAAAUCUUUAAGAGCAUUUGAUUAUACUACCGGGAAGUCAAUUGGUGUAUCAUGGGGUCACCUGGAAUCUUUAAUGGCAUUGUUUAUCAAUAAUAACGAUGAAAUUAUAUCAAUUGGUAAUGACGGUUGUUUAUUUGCUUGGUCAAUUAAUAGUAAUGAAAAAAUAAGACCUCAAUCAAUAGAAAGAAGUUUAACUGAUGAAGAUUUUCAACCAUUAUAUAGUAAAGUUGCAAGGAAAAUAUUACCUACAGUUCCAAUUGGAUCGACUUCACCAAAAGAUACAUCAAUUGAUAAAAAUACACUCGGUGGGGUAAUCGGUUCAAACAAAGAAAGUUUAACAAACAAGACACCAUUGAUAUCACCAGAUACACCAACUCCAAAAUUAUCAACAGCUACUUUAAAAAGAAUGGAAGCUAAGAAAACUCAAUCCACUACAACAUCACCAGCAAGAUCAAGAUCAGUAUCACCAGUUAGAUCAUCACAACCUCAAAAAUCAACAACAGUCACUACAACAUCAACAUCAACAAUUCGCUCACCAACUAGACCAACGUUUCCAUUACAUAAAUCCCAAAAUGCACUUAGUGGAAUUACAAAAUUAAAUCAACCAUUAUCAUCACCAAGUCCAGCAAGACGCGGACCCACAUCUCCAAAGUCAUCUGUAGAUUUGGGAUCAAGUAACAAAGCAAGACCUUUUAUUCAAUUAAAUAGUAGUCCGACAAGAAGUUCAUUCAAAUUUAAUAACACUUCAUUACCCAAUCAAAAUAAUACCACAUCAAAUAAUAACUCAUUAACUCCUAAUACAAUUGAUUUUGAUUCCACUAUGAAGUUUAUGGAUAAUUUAAUUGAAAAUUCAUCUAAAUUUAAGGAUGAUGAAAAACAAAAACUUGUGAAUAAACUAAAUGAACUAAAACUAAAAUUAGGCGUUAAUCCAACAAACGAAACAGAUAUAUUAGAAAACUACUCAAACAAAUUAAUAUCAUUAGUCGAACAGAAAUUAAACAUUGCAAAGAAUGGCCAUACUAAAUCACCUUUAAAUAAAAGAGAUUUUUCCAACAAGAGUAAUAGUGGGAUUUCUCAUGAUGAUAUAUCUACAAUUAUUGCAACUAAUGUUGAUUUAGAUUUGAAAGAAAUUAAUAGUAGUGUUUUAUUAGAUGAUAUUGAUUAA